AUGCAAGUUUUCCAUCCAACAACAUAUAACACUUCCCCUCCUCCGGCCACCGCCGACCAAAACCCGAUGAGCUCCGCCCGAAGCCUCGGGGACGUCGAACAAACCUGGUGCCGCGCAGUGUCGUGCGGCACCGGGUCCACCGUCCUGACCCUCCAAAUGGGCAAACCCGAGUCCAAACUCCCACUCCUCCACCAAGUCCUCAAAAAGCUCCUCCACUCCCACCCCCUCCUCCGCUCCAACCUCCACUACAACCCCUCCACAAAGUCCUUCUCCUUCCUCCCCCCCUCCCCCUCCUCCCCUCCCCUCCCCAUCAUCACCCACGACAUCCCCACCACCGCCGCCCUCCUCCGCAACUCCGACCUCCCCCCCUGCCACCUCAUCACCGAGCACGAGCUCAACCACACCCAAUGGCGCGACCCAAACUCCUUCCCAUGCCACGUCAUCCACGCCGCAUUCUACUCCCUCUCCGAAUCCCGGUCCAUCGUGGCGGUGCGCCUCCACGCCUCCGUCUGCGACCGGACCACCGCGGAGUCGAUCCUUCGAGAAAUGAUGGAGCUCGUGACGGAGGCGGAGGGGGGGCGGAAGUUCGCCGGAGCGGACAACGGCGGGGAAGGGAGAGCGGGGAUCGAGGCGAUGGUGCCACGUGGGGCGGGGAAGAAGACGUUGUGGGCCCACGGAGUGGACAUGCUUGGGUAUUCAGUGGGCUCAUUAAGGCUGAGUAAUUUGAAGUUCAAGAACACAAAGGCGGCCAGGUAUUCCGAGGUUGUACGGCUCAAAAUGGACACUCAUCAAACUGCUUUGGUUCUUGCUGGCUGCAAAUCAAGAGGAAUAAAACUUUGCGGAGCCCUAGCGGCUGCCGGGCUAAUCGCAGCACAUUCAACGUCCGGCAAGCUAACUAAGAAAUACGGCGUCGUUACCCUCAUUGACACCCGCUCUCUUCUCCAUCCAUCUCUUUCCUCUAAUCAUUUCGGAUACUACCAACUGGCAAUCCUGAACACACACACCAUAAACGGCGGGGAAGAGCUAUGGGACUUAGCCGAGAGGAGCUACUCACAAUUCGCACGUGACAAAAAGAACAAGACGCAUUUUUCGGACAUGGCGGAUUUGAGCUUCCUGAUGAGGAGGGCGAUGGAGAAUCCGAGCCUGACUGCGUCGUCGUCUCUGCGGACGUCGUUGAUAUCGGUGUUCGAGGAUCCAGUGAUCGACAACACGAGAGAGAUGAAGCGGGAGAUAGGCGUGGAGGACUACAUGGGGUGCUCCUCCACGCACGGGGUGGGGCCCUCGGUGGCCAUAUUCGACACCAUCCGCAACGGUGAGCUGGACUGCGCCUGCGUGUAUCCGGCGCCGCUGCACUCCAGGGACCAGAUGGUGCAGCUCGUUGCUCACAUGAAGAAGAUUCUUGUUGAUGGGAGUUACUGAGUUUUAUUUAUUUUACUAUCUAUCUAUCUAUCUACGUAUGUUUUGUAGUAGUAUUUGAAUCUGGAAUUAAUACUUUGUACGAUUCAUUCCCCUUGGAGAAAUCCAAGUCUUUUCUUUUCUUUCAUGAAUAGUAAUGAAGCAUUAAAUCAAGAAA